GCUGUUGAAAUUUCCGAUUAGUUUUUUUGCUUUUAAUAAAAGCAAAACACAUAUUAUGGGUAAGAUAUAACUAAACGGAUGAAAUGAAUGUAACUAAUUUUAUUAUUUUCAAUGUCACAAAUAAAUAAGCUAAAGGGAUGAGGUAUAGAAAACAUAGGGACGUGACUUGCUUAGUCCACUAGAUGGAGUGAGAAGCUAAACAGAGAAUUAAACUAGUCAGGGUAAUGUGCUGCUUUUGAGUUGUACAUUGAUUUCGUGAGAGAAUAUGUUUUGGUGGUGUGGAACUGGUAACGGGGGAACUGAGUGCUUAUGUAACCGGGAUCACCAAUUUUGAAAGGAUUAUGGGUUUUUCUUCAGUCCGUGGGUUUGCUUCGUGGCACACCUCACGCUGCCCACAAACAAAAUGCACAAAACCAUAGGCACAGGUCAACCUCUAAAAAAGCUUUGCUGCUGCGGCUGCGAAUUAAACCAGAACGUUCCAGGAUAUGAAAACAGGAAAUAACACGGUGACGGGAACGCGCACGGCGCCGCCGCCCAUGAACUGAGCGCAGGACAGGAAAAAAAAAAAAAAAAAAACGGAUGAAGCGACGCCAUCUUGUUUCUUGUUUCCAGUCUUCAACGGCAGCUUUUAUGGACGGGAAGCUGCUGUUUAAAAACUCAACGCAGAUAGUCCGCUUUCCCCUUCGACUACGGAGCACAUAUUCACGCGUUAAACUACUUCGCCUUUAUGUGUUCGUUUAUUUAUUAAAUCGAUACGCACGCUAAUUUUACAUUGUUACCUAAUGGCGCCUGGUCGUAGCUGCUCUCCGGUUGCGCCCCUCUCCCCUCGCAGCUCAGAGCCCGCCCACAAAUACUAACUGCAUGAUGUCAUCACAAACUAGCCAUUUCUCAAAAAAAAAAAAAAAAAAUCACCAUUUUCAUCAGUAGUUGUUGUUGUUUUUUGACAACUACUAAUCCCCCACCAGAACUGUGGCGUUACAGUCUUUUAACACAAGAUCGUCUUCACACCGAAAACACGAUGGACACACAAUGGGAUAAAUGAUGUUAUCCUCCGUGGAAAGUCGACCUGCGUCCUCCACAGCCAAGACGUGUCCGUUUAGACGAGGGUGAAGAUAGCUCGAUCGGCCAAUCUGAUUUAAUUAAUUAUUAUUAUUUAGAAAAAGGAAAAAAAAAAAAAAAAAAACACCGUCUUCUCCUCAGUUUAUUUCAAACAAACCUGGCUGCCCGCACACCAGCAGUUGCAGCGCUCCCGUAGGACUGCGCAUGCGCGAGAGGAUGCGGUUCAGGGUGGGGGAGGGUCAACAAAAUGGAAACGAUGAGAGCAGCCGCUCUCAACAUAUGAUGUCAAAGGGAUUUCUGUGCAGACACGUUUCUGCAGAGGUGACACUAACAGAUUCACCACAACAGUCAAUCUGACGAGAAAAAAAUGUAAGAUUUAUUUUGAGAAAUGUCUCAGCCUCGGUCCAGUGAUACAAUAAAUCAAAGGGAGUUUGUAAACUGCGACCAUCAUCAGAUGAUGAUUUGAUUGACAGUCGAGACGGAAUAAAAUAUAAUUUCUACUAAUUUUGUUUUGUUUUUUUUUGACUGGGAGAAGCGUUAGGAGAACUUUUUUUUAGUAUGAGUUUAUUUCUUCUUUUAGGCUUUUAAUUUGGAUGCAUUGUUUAAUUACUUAAAUUUUAUUUUGUGGUCCUCAAAAUGUUUUCCUGGCCUGUGUUCUUUGUCCAUGUUUUAAUCUUAUUGGUGAGGCCAUUCCUUCCCAAUAUCAAUUCAAUAUACAAAACUGCUCUUGUGUAAGGGGUUGCAUAACAGCUUAGGUGCCUCCUACUGUGUUUGGUAGAGCAUUUGGGUGCUGCUUUACAACCAUGCUCAUGCUAAAAUAAAAAGAAUUUAGAUCAAUUUAUAGGUGCGUGUCACAAGCAUUCCUGGCAGAGCUAAUACAAAUGUGGACUGGCCUAUUUGGUCAGGCUUUUGGGAGAGAGCUUAAUUGUUGCUGUGUAUUUUUGCAUCUAGCAAAUGCAAAUCAAACACAGGCAUUUAGAAACUCAAAGUAUUGUAGAGAUUCUAUUUAAUAUAAACUUGCACAAUCUCGUGGAUCAGAUUGUACUCUGCUCCUUUUCACCCUGAGAGGAAGCAGAGGAAACAGCAAUUAGUUUAAACAAAACCUCCUGAUAAAAACAUUCCCACAGCUGACUUCACUUUCAAAACAUGAUCCUGCAGAUAGCACUGACCAGCACAAAAACACGGUGCAGGCUUUGGAUUGCACAAUGUGCUGCAUUGUUUGACGGGCUACUUUAAACAUAAGGAAAAAAAUAAUCUUUUCACCAGCCGUCCAGUUUGAUAAGCAUUUUCCCCCUCUACUAACUGUUCAUUUGACGAGCCCUGUCUAAAUAGCGCAGCACAAGAUAAAUCCACAGCGUCGCCGACAUAAAUAGCAGACUAGUUGAGGAGUCACAGUCGUGGACGCGCAUGUAGCACGGUCACAGAGCCCCUGUGAAGCCGGGGGUGUAACCCCGUAGUAUGUGGAGGCGGAGCCUGGGUUUAGCGAUGGCGAGGGAGGGGGGAGGGGGCGGAGUCUCGGCAGUCCUGGCAGGGCCGCCAUUUUUGCAAAGGGAAAAGAGACUCUGGUUUUGAGGGGAUCUAAUUUCUAAAAGUCGCUGUUGAGUAGGGCACAGUUUUAACGGUUUCGAAUUGAUUUAUGGACACAUUUGGGUCCCUGAGCAAAACAAGAGGCACGGGUUUUUUUCCACAGGAAAGGACUCUCUAGGGGACACGUUUGAAUACAAAUAUUUUAAACCUUGGCUAGGGAUCCGCAGUGUGUGGACAGAAGUAUUGUUUUGGUUGUGGAAGCUGUGUGGAAAGCGACGGGGGUCUUACCCAGGUCCCCUUAUUCGCUAUUCAGAUCCUCCAGAGUGGACAUAAAACGGCCUUGUGGAUGCACUUAGAUGUCUGCAAUGACUGCUGUGGCUGGCAUGCCUCAGUGUUUUGGACUCCCUUUCUCUGGACUCAGUAGGACAAGAACUGAUCAGCAGAGAACGUCAUGAGCAUAGUCAUCCCAGUAGGGGUGGACACAGCAGACACCUCAUACCUGGACAUGGCUGCGGGCUCAGAACCAGAAUCGGUGGAGGCCAGCCCUGUGGUGGUGGAAAAGUCCAGCUACCCGCACCAGAUUUACAGCAGCAGUUCUCACCAUUCCCACAGUUACAUUGGCCUGCCUUACGCGGACCAUAACUAUGGGGCGCGGCCCCCACCUACGCCGCCGGCCUCCCCUCCACCCUCCAUGUUGAUCCGACAAGGAGAGGGGGGGCUGUUUGUUCCAGGGGGCCAGGACGAGGCAUCCAGGGGCACCACACUCAGCACCUCGGAGGACGGCAGCUACGGGGCCGACAUCACCCGCUGCAUCUGCGGCUUCACCCACGACGAUGGCUACAUGAUCUGUUGUGACAAAUGCAGUGCCUGGCAGCAUAUAGACUGCAUGGGCAUCGACAGGCAGAACAUUCCUGAGACUUACCUGUGCGAACGCUGCCAGCCACGUCACCUGGAUAGAGAGAGGGCCAUCCUGCUGCAGACCAAGAAAAGAGAGUGUUUAUCUGAUGGGGACACCAGUGCGACGGAGAGUGGAGAUGAGGUUCCCUUAGAGCUCUACUCCACCUUCCAACACACGCCCACCACCAUCACCCUGACGACCGGACGCCUCGGUAACAAGCAGGCCGAUAAAAAGCGUAAAAAGAGCGGCGACAAGGAGCCUCCAGCAUCUUCUGCCCGAGCUAAGAAGGCCUUCAGAGAGGGAUCCAGAAAGUCCUCUAGAGUAAAGGGUGCAGCUCCGGAGCAGGAGCCAGCGGAGCACCCAUCUCUGUGGGAGAAUAAGAUCAAGACGUGGAUGGAGCGUUACGAGGAGGCCAACAGCAAUCAGUACAGCGAGGACGUCCAGGUCUUGUUACGCGUGAAAGAGCAAGGCGACGGCAAGAGCCUGGCUUACAACACGCACCCAGCCUCUUUUAAACCUCCUGUGGAGAGUCAAGUUCAGAAAAACAAGAAGAUCCUCAAAGCGGUGCGAGACUUGGCCCCAGACUCCCUCAUCAUUGAGUACAGGGGAAAGUUCAUGCUUCGACAGCAGUUUGAGGCCAACGGAUACUUCUUCAAGAGGCCAUACCCUUUUGUGUUAUUUUAUUCUAAAUUUGACGGACUGGAGAUGUGUGUCGAUGCUCGCAGCUUUGGUAACGAGGCGCGCUUCAUCCGUCGUUCCUGCACCCCCAACUCUGAAGUGCGGCAUGUCAUUGAAGACGGCAUGUUGCAUUUAUACAUCUACUCGUUGAGGCCUAUCUCUAAGGGCACAGAGAUCACGAUUGGUUUUGAUUUUGACUAUGGCAGCUGUAAAUACAAAGUGGACUGUGCCUGUGUGAAGGGGAACCAGGAGUGCCCGGUGCUCAAGCACAACCUGGAGCCCACGGAGAACCUGGCUUCUGGAGGCCGGCGCAGGGGAAGCCGCAAGGACAAGGAGUUGGCUCGGGAGGACCAGGGCCAGAACCAGAACAUGGGUUUGGACGGCGAGGGGAGGGGCAAGAGCAUAGGCGACGGGAAGCAGAGAAAACUCUCUCCUCUGCGCCUCUCCAUCUCAAAUAACCAGGACCCUGAGUUAUUUGAGGAUCUAGAAGACAAAUCCUCCGUUAGCAAUGAAGUAGAGAUGGAGUCAGAGGAGCAGAUUGCAGAGAGGAGGAGGAAGAUGGCCAACCCAGCGGAGCAGUCCCAUCUCCCUGUCGGGGCGGCUUCAGGCUGGAGGGGACUGAAACUCAAGGAGACGAGAGAGGAGAGGAAGAUGGAGGCCAUCCUGCAAGCAUUUGCCCGAAUGGAGAAGAGAGAGAAACGGAGGGAGCAGGCGCUGGAGAGGAUAGGUAGCGUAAAGUCGGAGGUUGGAGGCCGCAGUGACAUUAAGGAGGAACCUCCAGCCACGCCGGAGAUGGCAGAUUCUCCAGCCGUCAUGCAGCCGCUUCUGGAGCCAAAGGAGGAGCCAGGACUGAAGCCAGCAAAGGUCAAAAGCUCGAGGAACAGGAAAAGCUUUUCAAGGAACCGCACUCACAUUGGCCAGCAGCGCCGACGGGCUCGCACCAUCAGCACCUGUUCGGACUUGCCCCCGUCCUCUCCGGCCGAGUCCUUGGAGCCUCUUACCAACGAAGCCCCCGAAGGAGAGACGCCCACCGCGCCAGAGCCGGAGGCCGUCCCUUCGCAAGCGCCGGACGACAGCCCCCCACACAGCAGCUCUCCUGCUCCCGAUAGGACCCGCACAGGGAGCAAGAACUUCAAAACUAAAAAGCACUUUGUGAGCGAGUGGGUUGGUGAGAAACAGCAGGACCGCGGUGGAGUACGAACACCAGAACCAGCCCCGGAGCGGCCACUGAGAAUAAGCAGUGACCCUGAAGUACUUGCCACGCAGCUAAAUGCCCUACCGGGCAUGGCCUGCUCUCCACAGGUCUACAGCACGCCCAAACACUAUGUCCGAUUCUCGUCCCCAUUCCUGGCAAACCGCAGCCCCACCACGCCCGGAGUCCCCACAGGGAGGCGGCGUUCCCGAGAACUGCCAGAAACGCCGCCAACCACUGGCUCCUGCAAGAAGCGAUGGUUGAAGCAGGCUCUAGAGGAGGAGGGCUCCACCAGCCCGGCCAGACGACCGAGCCUUCUCAUGCCCGGUGAGGGUCCUCUCAGCCCCUCAAUUAAUGGUGACUCUGACAGCCCUCUACCCUAUAAUGGCAUGUGUUCGCUACCAGAAUUGCCCACUCCUUUGAAAAAGCGCCGUUUGAGUCCAUUAGAUGCUUGUAUGUCAGAGAGCUCUACGCCCUACGGUUCGCCGUGUGCCACGCCCACCAGGGCCGACCAAUCGGAAGCGCCUGCUACACCCGUCUUACUGGCUACCCCACCUCGCCCCCGAACGGAGGAGCCCAGUACAGAUCCCACACCCAGUACCCCAACGCAGACACUUAUUGCUCCUCAGGAGAGUGAAUCUUCAAUGGAGAGCUCACCGGAGAUCAGCCGGAAACCUUGUGUGCAAGAGGCCGAUCGUCCUCCGUCGUUGGUCUCCUCUCCCUGUAUCAGGGCUUCAAGUUCAGACGGACCCCCGACAGAAGUCAAGGUGUCCGUUCCAGAGAGUCCACAGCCUCAAGCUGUCGACUCGGCGGACUGCGGGGAGGACAGAACUGAUGGGGGGGUCGUAGAAGGAACUAAUGAGGCCUCCUCAUCCGCGGACACGUGUGCUUCCUCUUAUCCUGGCUGGAUAAAAAGCCCAGAAAGAGGCCCGACUGGACCAGCUGGCCUGAACUUUUCUCCAGUCAACUCAAACUUAAGGGACCUCACCCCCUCUCAUACUCUGGAGCCACUGGUUGCUCCCUUCAGGCCCGAGGCUGCAGCUGGUGCUGCAGCGGGGCCGGCGGCGGUGACGGCGGGGUCUUUGGUCGUCUCUCAACCCCCACCGUUCAGCGAAGGCCAGGGGCAGCUCUUUUACCCCUGCACCGACGAGGGAAAUUCACUUGGCUUCUCGCGCUCAUUGAAUGGGGACAUCGCUGGCGAGGGAGGAGGGUCAGCACAGAACCCCCCACAGAAGAAAAAGGUUUCCCUGCUAGAAUAUCGUAAGCGUCAGCGGGAAGCUCGUCGCAGCGGCUCCAAGACCGAGUGCAGCUCUCCGGUUUCCACCGUGCCCCCUCUGACAGUGGACGCCUUCCCCACCGCUAUUGAGACCACCAGCGAGCCUCCUCUACCUCCUGCUCCCACACCUGUUUGCAACGCCACCACCACCGCCCCCGCCCCCACCGCCACGACAAACGUCGCUGUAAAAGAGCCCCAGACAAGCGAGGAGGCUGACACUGCGGGAGAGAAGGAAGGAGGAGAGGGACAGUGGACAUCGUCGACAUCCGUAGAGCAGGCCCGAGAACGCAGCUAUCACAGAGCUCUGCUGCUCAGCAAAGAUAAAGACACAGAUGGUGAGACGGAAGGUGGAGAUACGCCUGCCCUGAGAGAGUGUGCAUCUCCAAGUCUUCAAAAGACCCCAACCCACACACCCUGCUCUCCUGGACCACUUGCCCAGCCAUCCAGUCGGACUGCGAAGGAUGAAGACAACGAUGGCCAGCCUCGGACACCAAAUCCUACGAGUCAGCCACCGAGCAAGCCGACAGGACCUAAACCGGCCCCGCUGACCCCAACAAAGCUGCACCCUUCUCCGCUACCCUCCUCUCCCGUCCACUACCCUGGAUCCUCCCUCCUCCAUUCGCCCAAGCCGCAGCCUCAGGGCUCGCCCUACCGCAGCCAGAGAGCGCUCUUCUCUGCCCAGCCUCAAAACCAACCGCAGUCCCAGGCGCAGACCGGCCCUGCUCCUUUCUCCCAGUAUAACGCACAGAGCGCUCCGCCGCCGCCUCCCCCUCCUCCACCAGCACCGCCGGCCUCCACGAGCUACUUUCCCAGCCAGAGCCCUUCGCCCGCCGGACCUUUCUCUGGGUUUAAACCUGCCGUUACGCCGCCCUAUCCUCCAGGUUCGCAGCCCUUGAUGCAGACUCUUCCCCACAGUGUGCACUAUCAGACUUCAGCUGCACCGCCGCCUCCCCCUCCUCCGCCUCCACACCCAAUACCUGGUCCCACCCUGCUGCAUGUCAACCUGCAGCCUCCCAUCCAGCAGCAUCAGCUCAUGCUGACCACUGCCCCUCCUCCUCCUCCUCCCCCACAGGGCCAGACCUCCCAACAGCAGCAGCAGCAGCAGCCGCCUCCCUCCGGAGGCCCCCUACUAUCCCUAACCCCUCCACCACCUCCUCCUCCACCUCCCCCUGCCCCUUCUACCACCACAAAUGCAGCCCCACCACUUUCAGAACUUAGGGGGGUUUCAGCCAACGUUGAUGCACCCGGGUGCUGCUCCAAACCCUUCAGUGCCCCCAUCCACAUACCCCCCACCCAUUCAGCAGACUGGACUGCCUCCACCUCCCCCUCCUCCUCCACAACAGACUCAACAAGGCCAGGCACAGGCCACUGCCUCCCAGAUGCCUUCUGGGACUCGUGGAGCUCCUGCGUCCUCGACCCCUUUCCACAGCUCGGGGUACCUGAGCACAGGGUGGCACUGACUGCCCUUUCCGCCGUUGGCACCCGGCGGCCCCUGAGAACUCAGCCUGAGAGGGGCUUGUAUCAUAAGCUGUAGAUAUGUUUUUCUAUGUACCUGAACACAUGGCCAGUGGAAAAACAGCUGAUUGUGGGAUGAAAGGGUACUUUUUAAAAAAACAAGGACAGAAAAUUUUAGAAAAAAGGACAUUAAAAUAAUCUUCAAGACAAACUGUAUUAAAAUGAAGAUGGACGAUCCCCCGGUGCUCAUAGCCCUCUCUCUCUGGCCUCCAUUUGUUUUUAUAUUAUCCUUCCUGUUACGGAGAGGAAAGCUCUGUUCUGUGUCUUGUUUGGACUCCCGUUGUAAGGCCCCGCACUUUGUUUAUCAAUGGACAUUCCAGCCUAUAACCCCCUUCCUCUUCCUCCUCUUCCUCCUCUGUCAGUUAUUCCUUUUUACUUCCCCUUCUCUCUCGUCUGUCGUUCGGCUCUUUACACCAUUUAUUUGUUUUACUCUAGUGGCUCAUUAUAGCAAAGAGAAAAGCUUUUUGUAUAGAGAAAAAAACACACUUAUUUUUUUUAUUCCUCUGUCUAACAACAAAUAUCUGUUCACCGCUGCAGAUUCAGAAAAAGACCCAUUUCUGGGAUCCUGCCUCACUGCCGCAGCAGGCUGCACUCGUUUGUGUGUUUGUGUGCGUACGCGUGUGUGCGUGUGUGUGUUAAAAUGGCUGCUUAGAGAAGCCAAGUGUGAGUGAGGUUACGAGUGUUUGUAGCCUUCUGAGGUAGGCAGAGGGGUCUCGCCCACAGGUAGGACGUUUAGCGGUUUAUUUUUGAAUAUCAACGGUUAUUUGUAGAAAGUGUAAUUUAAUGUAUAGGUGGUUACUCCAGCUUUCACCAGGAACAGGUUGUAAAUAUUCGCUUCUUUUCUUUUUCUAUGCUUGUACAAUUCGCUCCCAUCCCAUUUUGAAAUAUGGUUGUAAAUAUGAACGCUCUUCUUGGCAAAGCUGAAUGUUUCUGUGACUGUAGCAUUAUUUUUAUUUUAUUUUUUUUUUUCUUCCCCUAUCUCGACUCUUCAACUUUGUCUUUUUUUAUUAUUUGUGUGUGUGAGUGUAUGUUUGUGUGGAGGGGAGAGACUCACAGACACUGCACUGGUUGGCUAUUUUCAUGGUUCAUUAUAAUAAAUCACUGUAAUGACAGUUUUA